UUGUGUUGUGUUGUGUUGUGUUGUGUUGUGUUGUGUCUUGCGUAUACUAUAUGUCUAUAGGGGUAGAGUAGGCGGGAUCUUGAGGGUAUAAGUAGGGAGGUAGAUAGCCGUUCUCUUGCCAGAUGAGUUGAAGUUGAAGAGCAUCGCUUUACUUUGAGGUCUUUGAGAACUAUUUGAUUAUCUACCUACCUACCUACCUACCUACCUACCUACUCAUCUUCAUAUCGGCCUAUUCGCCUUUUUUUUAUUUACCUACCUACUGCUACCCAUUACAUUACCAGUGUGUUUGUGUGAGAAAAAUUCAAGACAAGAUGUCUGGCCAAAACAAGAACCAAACGACUAUCAAAGUCGGCGUCCUCAUCACCAGCGAAUGCCAGCUUCUCGAUACGGCAUCCGUCGAUGUCAUAGGAAGUAUGGGCCGUGAAUGGUUAGUUGGUCCGCAAAUCUCCCCCCUUUCUACAUUACAUUAUGUUUUGAGUUGUUGUGUCGUUCGAGAGCUAACGUGAUGGUGUUGGCAGUAUGUCACUAUCUACAUUUCCCAAUUUCAAGGAAAUCUACCUGACCUAUCUGUCACUCCCCUUUCCCUUCCGAGGCAUCGAAGGGCCUAUUUUGGGAAACCAGAUAUCCAACACUAGGUAUAGAUCUUGGGGAUACACAUAGGUAGCUAACAAUGCCCUCAGAUUUGAGCUUCUUUUCCUCGACCGCCCCCCAGCCCGCCAUCAUCCCGCAGGCCGUCGUCGACCUCGCGCCCUCAGUGCAGAUCCGCUACAUCGGGUCGGUGCGCGCGGGCGAGCCGAUCCAGCUGACGGCGAACAUGUCAAUCACGGCGACGAACCACUACAGCGACCCCGAGGUGGCGCCGGGCCAGCUCGACAUCGUGCUGAUCCCCGGCCCGGACCCCUUCGUGCCCGUCAAGCCGGGCAUGGUCGAGUGGCUGCGCGCGCAGGGCGCGGUGCCGGGAACCGACAUCCUGAGCGUGUGCACGGGUAUUUUUGUUUGUGGCGACGCCGGCCUGCUGAAGGGACGGGAGGUGUGCGGGCCCCGCGGGCUCCAGGAUAUGAUUCGCGCGAGGGGGUAUGGAGAGAAGGCGCUGGUGGGCGACAAGUAUCGGUGGACUCAGGAUGGGAAUCUGUGGAGCAGUGGUUUGUUAUGCCCCUUUUUUGGAACACGUUCCCCCCCCCCCCUGGAUGAAGAACAUCACAUGGCUAACAUCGUGUCUCCCCAC